AUGGGUGAAAUGAACCGUUCAUUCGUGUUGCGUGCGGUUAAGGAUGUGGCUAUUGAGGAUCGCGCGGCGCCAAAGCUCAAGGACCUUUGGGAUGUCAUUGUGCAAGUGGCGCAGACUGGUAUCUGCGGCAGUGAUGUCCACUACUGGCAGAAGGGUCGCAUCGGAGAUUUCAUCCUAAACUCACCCAUUGUCCUCGGCCACGAAAGCUCCGGUACUGUGAUCGAAACAGUACGUCCCAUCUUCACCAAUUUCAACCCCACCACAGCGCUAACAACAGACCAAGCUGCAACUACUGCCGCAGCGGCUCCUACAAUCUCUGCCCCGAUACCGUUUUCGCCGCGACACCCCCCUCACGACGGCACACUAUCCAAAUACUAUCUCACCCAAGCCGACUACUGCUAUCCACUACCCGCACACAUGAACCUUGAAGAAGGCGCGCUCGUGGAACCAGUCGCUGUCGCAGUCCAAAUCACCAAGGUCGGUGACGUGAAGCCCAACCAGACGGUUGUCGUCUUCGGCUGCGGACCGAUUGGAUUGCUCUGCCAGGCUGUUAGUAAGGCAUACGCGGCGAAGAAGGUGAUUGGGGUGGAUAUCAGUCAGUCUCGAGCGGAGUUUGCGCGAACGUUCGGCGCAGAUGACGUAUUCGUGCCUCCUGCGAGACCUGAGGGUGUGAAUGAUAGUGCUUGGAGUGAAGAGGUGGCGAGGAUAAUGAAGGAGAAGUUCGACCUGGGUGAGGGACCUGAUGUGGUUCUCGAAGCUACUGGGGCCCAGGCUUGUAUACAGACUGGUAUACAUUUGGUGCGAAAGGGUGGCACUUAUGUGCAGGCGGGUAUGGGUCGCGAAAAUGUCGAUUUCCCCAUCACGACUGUUUGUAUUAGGGAUAUUCAUGUUCGAGGAUCCAUUCGCUAUACAGCGGGAUGUUACCCAACUGCGGUUGACCUGAUCGCAAGUGGUAAGAUCGAUGUGAAGCGCUUGAUCACUAAUCGGUUCAAGUUCGAGCAAGCUGAAGAGGCCUUUGAUCUGGUUCGGCAAGGAAAGGAGAGUGUUAUCAAGGUUAUUAUCGAGGGUGUUUCUUCGUGA